GUUUCUAUCGAACCGCUAUAAACAUUCAUAGCCUUAGUCAACCAGUAGAGAUUAGGGGUGGUGUGAAGAAACACCUUCUAGUGAUUUAGUCUGGCUAACGCUUCCAGAGAUGCUUCAGCAUCCGUUGUUUAAGCUACGUUUCGUAAACUCGCCGUCACCGACGAUAUUCACGGCUUCAAGGAUUGAGGCGGAAGACGGAUCUCCAAUAGCAAUCGAGCUUGUUGACGCCGUCUCAAACACUCGAGUCACCUCAGGCUCGCUUUCGUCUUCGCGUGUGGAGAUAGUCGCUCUCGACGCCGAUCUCACUGAAGAAAGCUGGACAACGGAGGUGUUCAACCGGAAUAUACUGUGGUCACGGGAAGGGAAACGAUCAUUGCUCGUGGGGGAUCUGAUUGUGAUACUCAAAGACGGGGUCGGGGUGAUCAGCGGGGAGAUCGCGUUCACGGAUGAUUCGACCUGGUUGAAGGAUGUUUAUCCCGAAUCUGAGAAUUGGAGUCUAACAGAGCCGAGUCGUCCUCUGAAUGACCGUGGGUUCUUUAGUCGCGGCAGAGACUUUGGGGACUACGAGCUGCCGUACUCUUCUCAAGAGAAACGGAUUAAGAGAGCUUUCUCGCCGGUGGACUUGGGGAGCUAUCUACCCAGUGCGAUUCCAGACCUUGAUUUGUUUGAGAAUUUGACUCCAUCAUCAUUUACAGGCUUUAUGCCAAUACCAGAUUCCUUGGAAAAUCUGGUGGAAGAUGCUACAAGGAGCAGAAUUGCCUCUCAGCCUCAGCUUCUAAGUGGAUCAUCAUCUGCCCCUAAAGAUUAUGAUAUUGUAAUUAAGUACAGGAGAGGGGAAAACAACGAGGAUUUCAUUAGCCAUCUUCUUGCUGCCUUCUCCCGUAAACGGAUUUCUGUCCUUGGAGACUUUGGUGAAGUGGAUGCAGUGCCGGCAUGUAGGGUUUUGAUCAUCUUCUUAACCUCCACAUACGUCCCUUCCAAUCUCUUAAGCAUUGUUGAACAACAAUGGAAAGUCACUCGAGUGGUUUUCCCCAUUUUUUAUGGGAUAUCGCCAUCUGAUUUUAUCAGUAACAGCCAGUAUUAUGAGAGACUUUUUCUUUUAAAUGGGCCAGAACGGUGGCACGAUGCUUUGAAGGAAUUAACUCAGAUGCAGUGCUACAUAUUGACAGAUAAAUCUUGCAGGCCCGAGUCUGAAGUUGUAGCGGAGAUUGUUAGAGACGCUUUGAAGGUGAUACGUGUCUAUGCUUUGAUUGGGAUGGAUAUGCAGAUAAAGGAUAUUUUGUCACUGCUAUGCAUUGAAUCCCCAGAUGUUCGCAGCGUUGGUAUAUGGGGGACUGUUGGUAUAGGAAAAACAGCCAUUGCUGAAAAAAUCUUUCGUAGAAUCUCUUUCCAAUUUGAGACUUGUGUCUUCCUGAAGGACCUUCAUCAAGAAAUUGAAUUAAAAGGUCCUGAUGCUGUGAGAGAGAACUUCUUGUCGGAAGUCUUAGAGGUAGAACCACGUUUUAUUCGGAUUUCUGGCAGGAAAACAAGUUUCUUAAGGAAUAGGCUUCAAUGUAAAAGGGUCCUGGUAGUUCUCGACGAUGUGAAUGAUUUCAGAGAUGCUGAACCCUUUUUGGGGAAACUUAGCUAUUUUGGUCCAGGAAGCAGAAUAAUCGUAACCUCGAGGAACAGACGUGUUUUCGUGCUAUGCAAAAUAAACCAUGUCUACGAAGUCAAGAGAUUAGAUAAUUCUAAGGCUCUACGACUUCUCGAUCGCGGGGCAGGUCUGAGUUUUUUCUCACUCAAGCCUAAAAGGACAUACUCACCAGAGCUGGUCAAAUUCUCAAAUGGAAAUCCCCAGGGGACGUCAGCUAUUGAAGGGCUUUUCCUGGACAUGUCGCAGCUGAAAUUCGAUGCAAUUCCCAGUGUGUUCGAGAAAAUGUGUAACCUUAGACUGUUAAAGUUCCAUUUCUCCGAGAUGAUAGAGAACCAUGGAGUGUAUUUACCUCAAGGUCUUGAAUACUUGCCGAGCAAGCUAAGGCUUCUGCACUGGGAAUACUAUCCUGUAAGCUCCUUGCCGCAAUGCUUUGAUCCAAAGAACUUGGUAGAGCUUAACUUGCCAAAUAGUUGUGUGAAGAAACUUUGGAAAGGAAAAAAGAGUCUGGAAAAGCUUAAAACGAUGAGACUGAGUUACUCCCACCAGUUAACAAAAAUCCCAAGACUGUCAAAGAAUCUCGAGUUUCUUGACCUUGAAGGUUGCAAGAGUUUGGUGAGCAUCAGCCAGUCUAUCUGUUACCUUAAAAAGCUUGUUUCUCUGAAUCUGAAGGACUGCUCGAAUCUGGAGAGUGUUCCAUCUACGGUUGAUUUAGAUUCUCUUGAGGUUUUGAAUCUUUCUGGCUGCUCGAAGCUAGAGAAUUUCCCGGAGACUUCGCCAAAUGUGAAAGAACUGUACUUGGGCGGGACUAUGUUACAAGAAAUCCCUUCAUCGAUUAAAGGCUUGGUACUGCUUGAAAAACUUGAUCUAGAAAACAGCAGACACCUCGUGAAUCUUCCAACGAGUAUCUGCAAGUUGAAACAUCUUGAAACACUGAAUCUGUCAGGCUGCUCAAGCCUUGAGCGGUUUCCAGACUUGUCUAGAAAAAUGAAAUGCUUAAAGUCUCUGGAUUUAAGCAGAACGGCCAUUAAAGAGCUACCCUCCUCCAUUUCAUAUCUGACUGCUCUUGAAGAACUGAGAUUUGUUGACUGCAGGAACCUCGCAAGGUUACCUGAUAAUAUGUGGAGCCUAAGAUUCAAGAUUCAGUUCCGCCACAUUGACACACAGAAAUUUGCACGACUGUGGAAUAGAUUAGGUUGGCUUAAGAAAGUUCACCCUUAG